AUGCGUCUCCUUACUAGCCUCAAUGCCAUCUUUGGUGUUGCCGCUGCUGCGGCACUCCAAACCCGGGAUGCCCCCAGCACUGUCAAGAUCAGGGGCAUUAGCCUGCUUGGAAGCGGCUGCCCGGCUGGGACCGCUGAUGUGCAGGUAGACGCCACCGGUUCUCUUUUUGAAGCGACCUUUUCACAGUAUGAGGUUGAAACUGGCCCCGGAACGUUCCCUGCCGACUGGAGAAAGAAUUGCAAGUUGACCAUUAACAUGGAAUUUGACUCUGGGUUCCAAUUUUCCAUUGUCGAAACUGACAUGAUUGGUUUCGCCGAGAUACCCGCCGGAGUCAAUGGCCAGUGCACCAACACAUUUUCAUUCACGGGCAAUGGUGCAGAGCAUGUCGACUACAAGAUUGCCCUCAAGGGACAUUACAGCGGCAACUUUGACCUUCAGUCACGCCCGGGCAUCUUUUCGUGGUCACCCUGCGGCGGUAGCACUGCGAUUCUUAACAUGAACACGGCAUGCAACAUCUCACCCACGAGCAAGCCAGCGCUAAUUGCCGUCGAUCACAUUAGUGGCAAGCUCACUGUCAAGAUUGCCGUUCAGUGGCGACCGUGCCCCAAGAAGUAA